AUGUCUCACGGACCACCUCAACCUCCCCCGAACAAUGUCUUCGGCUAUGGGCCCCAAGACGCCUACUCUGCCUUUGAAGCUAUGGCCGAAGCCGACCCCAACAUCAUGUCUUCUCUCCUGGACUCGACAGUCUACGGAAGCUUUGACGCCAUGUCAAUGAGCGUCGACAAUCCCAACGACGACAACGCCAUGUCCUCCUUCAACUUUGUCGGCAACACUCCAAUGCCGGACGGUCUCGCCGAUGAUACACCUUCCAUGAACAACAAUUAUUCGAAUAAUGGCGACGAUGCUUCCAGCGUGGUUGGUGGGGGCCCUCUGCCCUCGGGCGGCUUCAACUCUCAGGCUUUGCAGCAGGCCGGAAGCACCCUCACCGAAUUUACAAAGAGACGCAACUGGCCUGCAAAGGUCGUCGAAGAGCUGAAGGAUUUCCUCCAUAUACUCGACGCCAAUGGUCGCAUACGCUUCGUUUCGCCCAGCAUUCUAAACCUCACAGGUUACGCCGCCGACGAAAUCACCGACACUUUCCUCAAGGAACUCGUCCACCCCGACGACGUGGGUGUCUUCGUCGCCGAGUUGAACGAAUCUAUAGCAUCAGGAAACCCGCUGCGCUUGUUCUUCAGGCUAAAGAAAAAGGACGGUAAAUACGCUAUUUUUGAGUCGGUUGGUCACGCCCACAUCGCCGCUUCCAAGUUUGCACCGAACCCACACAAUCAAUCGCCCUUUUGCCAGGCCGUUUUCAUGAUGUCGCGCCCGUACCCAACCAAGAACGCAGGCCUGCUGGACUCGUUUCUAGAACACAAGAUCGAGAAUGAACGUUUGAGGAGGCGCAUUGCUGAGCUGCGCAAGGAGGAAGAGAUGGAAAACGAGGAGUCACAGAAGCAGUGGCUACAAAGCCAGGAAGGCAGGUCAGACGUAACACCAUCGGAAACCACGAUGGCAUCUGCCCCCAGCGCCAUAUCUCGGGGCGGUGACGGGGGCGACAGGUCAUCGGCCCUCAACGUUGCGCUUACACGCGAGGCCCUGGAGGGUGUUGCGGGAAGUCGCCCGGAUUCAUUGAAGGACAAGAUGGCCAGAUACGAAGGGAAUUCGCACACUGAUACUAUUGAGAUGUUGACGGGAUUGAGAUACAUUGAGGGCGAGAGGAGUCGCGGCAUCACGACGGGAAACGCGAGUCCAACCUUGGUCAAGGGCGACGCGGGCAUCGCGAUUCCACAAGAUCGAGACCCUCGGACAGGGGACAAGAAAAAGAAGCUCAAGACUUCGGAGGAAUACGUCUGCACGGACUGUGGGACCCUGGAUUCUCCGGAAUGGCGCAAAGGCCCGAGUGGACCCAAAACGCUAUGCAACGCGUGUGGCCUCAGAUGGGCCAAGAAGGAAAAGAAGAAUCGGCAUGGCAAUAACAGCACCCACCACUCAGGAUCGUUGCAAGUCGAGCAUGGCGGAGGCUGA